AUGGCUGCCACAUUCGCUAAGCUGAGUCUGCCUCCGGCCAGCACUGCUGCUGAUACGGCGCUGCUGCCACCAGCCCUCCGGGCGCCGCAGCUGAACUUACGGCGAGGAUGCGGGGACUGUCCCUCGUCACCCAGCACAGCGAGGUGGCGAAACGGCCACAGAAACAGCCUGGCAACGGUGCUGGCCGUGCCCAUCCUGGGGGUGCUGCAGCUGCGCCGAGGAAAGGCCGAGGCUCGGGGCCGUGGGCGGCACCUCACCUGCUGCGCUGCGGAGGCCGCCCUGGCAGGCCGGCCAGGCCAGCGCUUGGUUUUCUUUGGCGGCAAAGGCGGCGUAGGCAAGACGUCGUCCUCCUCCUCAUUUGCAGCAGCUUCUGCGGCUCAGGGCCAGAAGGUGCUGAUCAUCUCCACUGAUCCAGCGCACUCGCUGGGCGAUGCGCUCUCUGAGCCACUCUCAGGGAAGCCGCGGCAGGUUGCGGACAACCUCUUUGCAGUGGAGGUAGACCCCGAAGAGGCUUUGCAGGAGCUGCGGGAGAGCCUCAAGGCCUUGGAUGCCAAAGCGCUGCUGGACUCUUUGGGCCUGCCCGGCGGCACGACGGCGGCCCUGGGCCUCACGGAGCUUUCGGAGCUGCUGGAGUCGCCCCCGCCGGGCGUCGACGAGAUUGCAGCCAUCGCCAAGGCGAUCACGGAGACGGAAGGCUACGACGUCGUGGUUUUCGACACGGCGCCGACGGGCCACACACUGCGGCUGCUGGAAGUCCCGACCUUCCUGAUAGGCUUCAUCGACAAGGCACUAAGCGUCCGCAAGAGCAUCGGAGGAGUGUCCGGCGCCCGUCAGGAAGAGCUCCGCUGCCGUGUGGCUGCUCUAACGGGGCGACUGGCACAGGCACAGCUGCAGUGCCGCGCCCUCGAGGCAGAGGUGGCUGGCGAGGCGCCGGUGGCGUCGGCACUCCGCCGCCUGACCGCGGCGCAGCGCCACCUCCAAGUGGCCGAGGCCUCUCCGAUCAGAGAUGGGACCCCGCUCGAUUUGGACUGGCUGACGCCAGAUGCUGCCGGCUCCGGCGAGGAGCCCGCGGCCGCGACCAAGGCCAAGAUGAGCCUCACCUCCGCUGCCUUCGGGGGCCCCUGGCUCCCACGGCGCCUCCGCGAGCUUCCCGAGCUGGGUCUUUCCCAUGAGCAGGCACUGGACGAGCUCUGCCUCAGUCUGGAAAUGGCCCGGCGUGAUCGGAACCGUUACUUCGACCAGACCCUCGAAUGCCGGCAGGUGCUGCUGAAGGGCUCUCGCGAGAAAACCUCCUCGAGCAGCGCGCCAGCCUCGGCGCGCGGCCGCCUGUCCGCUGACAAGGCCUUCGCUGCUCCUACACGCCGAGCGGCGACCCCGCGGGGAAGGCUUCCACCUUUGCCGCCGAAGCGCGCCCAGUCGGGAAAGCGGUGGGAGAGCUUUUGGCAGGAGCUCACCAGCACCGACCCGGCCAUUCUGUCUUUGGAAUCCGACAGACAGCACUGGCAAAGUCCCCGUGGCAAGAGCCCAAGGCAACAGCCACCGAGGACCCGCAGUGAUUCCAGCGAGUCCAGUGCUCAUCUCAAACCAGACGCCAUGUCAAAGCACCUGGCUGAGCGUCGCGAGCUGGAAAGGCAGCUUUGCUUCUGGGAAGAGGAGACCUUGAAGCUUUGCGAGCGCGACCGGCGCGCGGAAUCGUCGCUGAUCUGGGCAGGGCGCCUCCGGGAGGCGUGGGAGGAGCUGGACGCAGCAACUUUCAACGCGUUGGCGAUUCUCACGCCCGAGCGGAUGGCCGCCAUGGUGGGACAAAAGCUCGGAAUGCUCGGCCUUGGCCUAGCAUCGGGGGCCGACGAGAAGUUCGAUGAGGCGGAGAAACGAGUUCGCAACAUCCGCGACCGUGUGGCCUUCCUCGGCAGCGCCCUGAAGACGCCGCCCCCGGCGCCAGCUUCUGGAGCCACGGCAGAGUUUGUGGUCGUCACCAGGCCCACGGAGUUGGAUGCAGCGGAGGCACAGCGCUUGGUGCACGAACUGAAAUCGCAGGGCAUCUGCUGCCGGAGGCUGAUUGUGAACCAGCUCAUUGAGGAGGGCAGUGGCGAGGCCUAUUGGAAGGCGCGGGUGGACUCGCAGGUGCAGGUGCUCACCGAGCUCCGGAAAAUCUGCUCCGCGAAGUCGUUGCCCAUGUACGAGGUGGGCGACCGGCCUGAGAACCUGGUGGGCCCGCCGGCCCUGGGAUACUUGGCAUCGCUGGCUUUUGGUGAUGCUUCAGCCCUGCCAACGACACAGGUGACUCUCUUUGGCGGGAAGGGUGGCGUGGGCAAGACUUCCAUGUCCUCGGCCAUGGCGGUAAAGACUGCCAUGGAUGGACAGCGGGUGCUGAUCAUAUCGACCGACCCAGCCCACUCGCUGGGAGAUGCUUUGGGCUGCAAGCUCUCAGCUUCUGCACAGCCCGUGGAGAACUUCGCAGGUGCUGGCGAGCUUUUUGCCAUGGAGGUCGACACAGCAGCGGCCAUGAAGCGAUUUCAAGAGACGGUCCGGGACGCGCUGCAGCGGAGGCAGAGCGAUGGCGGAAUCGUUGGGCAGGUGUUGAAGCAGCUGCCCAUGCAGGACUUCGUUGACCUGUUCGACACCCUGCCACCGGGCAGCGACGAAAUCGUGGCACUGACGGAGGUUCUAGAGAAGGUGGAGAAGGAGAAGUUCGACCGCAUCAUCAUCGACACUGCGCCCACAGGCCACGCCGUGCGGCUCCUGACAUACCCUGACUUCCUGGAGCGCUUGGCUGAGCGGGUGGCUCGGCUGCGGGAGCGCUUCGGGUGGCUUUCUGGAGAAAGCAAAGGCGCAGAUCAGGUUCGAUCCUUUCAGUUCCGGAUGAUUGAGCUGCAGGAACUCUUCACUGACCCGGAACGUAGCUCCUUCUCUGUGGUGACCAUCCCGACCACACUGGCGCUGGAGGAGACAAAGCGUCUGCUGGUGCAACUGGAGGAGCAGGACAUCCGAUGCGGUCUGGUCAUUGCCAACCGCAUCUUGGACAUUGAGCAGGUGGGCCAGAUGGCGGCGAGCCAGCAGAAGACCCAGAAGGUGGCCUUGGAUGCUCUGGAAGCCCUGGCCAAGCGUGAAGGAUUGGAGGUAGUUCGCGUGCCUUACCUCGAUCGUGAGGUGCAAGGCAUCUAUGGCUUGCAGUAUCUAGGACAGAACCUCGUGGAAGCCUGA